GUGAGAGCCGCUGCAGAGGCAGUGAAAUGGUCCCUGGGGCUCUCCAAGCGCCUCCACCCUGGCCCUUGAGAGGGCUCCAAGGAGACCGGCUGGAGAGAGACCCUGGGAGGGCUUGGGAGCGCCCGGGCUCCUCUGCACAACCCAGUUGCCAUCCCUACCCUCUUGGCUGUCCCCUCCCCCAAGGCAGGGCCCCAAUUCAUCCAGACAAAGCCAGGAGGAGCUGGAGAGUGAGUGACGACUAAGGCCCACCCUGCCCAGCCUGGCUGAGUGAGGGGCACAGGGCACGGCGGAGUCACCGUGGGCACCUGGUGUUCCCUGGCCCUCCCGUGGACAGCAAGACAGCCUUUCUACCCAGCUUGGGACUGCUGAGCGCUGGCUCUGAGGAGCCAUGAGCACACCGAGUUCCAGUCCCCUUGCCUUCCUCACAGCUCCUGUCACUCCGGGCAGCUCCGCAGAGGCAGUGGACCCCCUCCCCAUGCUCAUCACCCUCGCCUGCAUCUUCCUCCUGCUGGCCAGCUGUCUGCUGUUCAUGACCCUCUGCAAACCUGCCGCCCUGGACCCAAUCCACCGCCGGGCUCGGGAGUGCAUGCCCCACCACCCCGGGAGCCCCAGUGAGCCCCAGCUCAGGCUCUGGAAGCGCCUGGGCUCUCUGCGCCGCUCCCUGCACAGCUUCCACCGAGGCAGGCCUGUUCCCCAACGCCCCCUGCCUGGCUGUGAUGACAACCAAGACUGUGACUGUCCGGAAUCUACCAAGAUGUGACAGGGGUGUUCCCGCCAUCCAGGACCCACCCACGGAUCCUCCUGCCUCGGACAGAGCCUGGAACCAGGGGCUGCAGAAGCACGUAGGCCCCACGCUCAGCCCCAGUGGGCCCUGUGUGCCCAGGCCCAUGGCCUUUCCCAGAACAGCCCUGGGAGGAACACCUCCUCUCUGCAGACCCUCUAGCUGCUGCCUGCUGAGAGCACUAAACCAACUGCAGGGCCAGAAGGUAUGACCUGGGGCCCCCCAGUACCCUCCUCUGGCAACCAGGCACCAACCACCUCUGGGAAACGACACCCCUGCUUCCCCCCAGAAGUCCUGCUCACCCUCCAGGUGCCAACGCAUGGAUUCCAGCUGGGGUUGCCAAACGGCCAAAGGUUCCCUCCAGCCAAGUGAAAUACUCGGCCCACACGGGGGGCAAGGUACUGUCGUGCCCUCUGUGCCAACUCAGUGCCCAAGGCAAAAGGAAAGCCAGGGACUCCUCCCCUGGGAAUUCCCGGGCCCCAGGAGCAUUCGCCUAACAAUCCCUGGGUGCAGCCAGCACCCUCGAGGUGGGUCAUAUGUCCCGGUGCAUGCUGGGAGGAGGGCAAGCAAGAGGCUCUCGGCACUGCCCAGCCAAUCACCAUCCUGACAGCCGUCUUGGUGGCCCCCCUCGAAGGUGCUCACAUCACAGUGGACCAGGAAGGGGCUGAGAACAGGUGAAGGAACUCCUUGCUAGGCCAGGACCCAUGCUGGGAGGCAUUGCCAGGAGCUAGAGGCGAUGCCACCCGGGCUCUGAGGGCACAUCACAGCACUCCUGCCUCAUCCAGGGAAGGAGGCAUCCUCCAUUUGGGGUAGGAGGGUCCAGAGCGGUCCAGGACAGCGCCUCAGGACGGGACCACGCUAGGUACGCUGAGUUUCUGGCAAUCACGUCACUGACUGGCUACCUGUCAAAGCAACCCCACCCUAGAGCGGGCUUCUCAGAAUUCCAAACCCCCAAACUCUCCCCACGGGGCCGUGGCUGUACACUUUGGUCCCAAAUUUGGAGAGCAAACAGGAGUUCUGAGCUGCCCAUCUGCUGCUCCAGAGAGUCGGCUGGCCAGGGCCACCUUGUGCCUUGUCACAGGGCUGCCCCAUCCCACCCUGCUAUGACUCACGGCACAGCCAGCCAGGUCUUCUCAAAGAGUGAGCUCCAGCUUUGCCACUUGUUCCCAACUGCUGCAGCUCCAGAACCAUCACUGGCUCCCAACUGCCAGCUAGAUAAACCCAGAGCCCCUUUGUGUGAUGCUCAGUGCCCUUUGGGAGCCGGCUCCAAGCUAUCUUUCUAGCCUCAUCUUGACCCAAGACUCCAGACAAACUCAACUACCUGUCCUCCCCAGGCUUACGCUUCGCAAGGCAUCCUCCGUGAAGCCAUCUUUGCUCUCCAGCUGAAAGGCACCUCCUGCCUGGAACCACCCCUACACUUCGUGUCUCUCAGAGGGAGGGCAGGGAUCACUUCCUCUCAGCAGUGUGGGCCACCCACAUCUAGGUCUCCUCCUUCUUACGAGCCUGGGAGCUUGCAGAGAGUGAGACUACGUCCAGCCUCUCACACUGCCUCACCAGCUCCAGGCACAGAAGCAUGAAUGAUGCCUCUAUUUCCUGAGUGAAGGGCAGCCCCAUCUGCAUGUGUCCCCAACCCCCGAAAGCUUAAGGAGUCCUAGGGGUGGGGGAGGGGCUCUUCUUCCCUCACAUGCCCCUAGACAGAAGUUUGUCUCCAAGCAAGUUGGUGAGGCCCACCGUUCCUUCCCUUCCAGGUCAUUCUGACAUCAGAGAGUGAGGCCACCUUGGCCAGAAACUUCCAGGGCCUUGGAGAAGGCACUAAUGCCUGAAUUUCUCCCUUAGAAAUGGGGAAAUUGGGGCUGCCCUGUCUCACUCCUGGACUUGACAACUUCAGGCUGUGUAGUGUUCUGUUAACAGAAACCAAUUCUUCAGGUUUGGAAAGUGGGGCAGGCCUCCUCCCAUGGGAGUUUGUUACCCUUUAUCCUUCCAGCCGGUGAACUUCUUUCUGGUUCCCUUCCCAGGGCCUCCCUGAGACGUCCCAGGAUGAAUUUGGCCUACAGUCUCCCGUGUCAUCCCCUAGCCAGUGCGUGUGCCCACCUGGCACUAGGUGCUCUCUUCCUGGAGACCAGGGGUAGGGGUAAGGCUUCCCGGAGACCUAAAGGCAAUGGAAAAGCUGGGGGGGGGGGGCGGUGGCGGCCCUGGGAGACUGUCGGUCUGGUAGAGUGGGGUGGCAGGCGUAAGGCUAGAGGAGGAGCUGAGGCCCAGAGGAAGAGAACCUCCUGGUGCGUCCUUCUGGGACCAACCCAGAGACUCUGGCAUAUUCUCGUGGCUUCCUGGACUCCAGGAGUCAGCACCCUGCUCCCAGCCCACUCGCUUCCUGCUUGGCUCCCAGCGGGCCAGAGGCAGGGAGCUGGACACACUUGCAGCCUAACCCUGAUCCUGGGAGCCUGCCCCAGGGACAGGCCCAGAUUUGCUGUGCUGGGCUCCGCCUCCGCCUCCACAGCUGCUGAAGAGGGUAAUUCAUUCCCAGCCUCCCUCCCCACAGCCACUGAGGCCUCCAGGGCAAGGUGGGGGAGGGCACCCGAGCCUCACUUUCAGGUCCUCUCCUUUCUCCCGCUGAGCCUUAUAGCUGUCACUCCUGCUCCCCAGGCAAAGGGGCUCUUUCUUCUCGUGCCUGUUUAACCUCUCGAGAGGAGAGCUUUGGCCAAGGACCCAUGAAAGCCUCUCUGUGCUGGGCCCCGCCGGGCCCUGGCUCUUUCCCCCUCACCUCCUUCCAGGGAAAAUGUGACAGCUCCAUGCCCUUGCUGCUGUGACAGGCCCUCUGGGUGGGGUGGAGGGAGAGGAGCGGGCUUUGGGGGAAGGGGAGAGGCAAAGCCUUCCUUAUGUUUUUUGGGGGAGCCAGGGUGCUGUCAGUAGGCUACAGAAACGAAAGGCCUACUCUCCCCAGGAGGGAGGAGGGCUCCUGCCUACCUCCCGAGCUGCCGCUGGACCCUCUCCUGUUUCCAUCCCUCCACGUGGCAUCUGUGCCCUGGCCUCCCUGAGCAUGUGUGCAGCCCCGCCUGUCCCCAGCCCACCAGCUGCCCCAGGGGGCCACGGCCACCUGCCUGCACGAUGCUGUGUCCCUCAGGGAUGUCCUCGGGGACGCUGGCCUCGUAGCUGCUCUGCAGAAAGAUGGGCCGGUUGUCGUUCACGUCUAGGACGGUGACGAACACGGUGGCUGUCCCCGUGCGCCGCUUACCUACGGGGCCAUUGUCUGUGGGAGCCGAAGGAGGAUGGGCUGUUAGCUGCUGCGUGAGGGGCACAUUCCCUGGGCACGUGUCCUGUUCAUCCCACCCACUCUGGCUCUGGCAAGGGGUGGCUCUUUCCCCUUUUAGAUUGAGAAUAACACUAACAAGGCUUAUUAGGCCCCAGGCGCUAUUCUAACGCAUUCAGUCCUCACAAGAAGCACGUGAAGUUGGUGCUGCUUUCAUUAGCCCCAUCUCACAGAGGGGGUAACUGAGGCACGAAGCAGUUCUGUGGUAGCCCCCAGAACAUAUGCCCUUGCCAGGUCCCUGGCAGCUUGUGAGUGCAAACUGAGUAGGAAAAAGUGUCUUUGAAGAUGUAACGGAGUUAAGGAUCUUGAGAUGAGAUGUCCCGGACUGUCUGGGUGGGCCACAGACCCAAUGACUAGGGUCCUUAGGAGAAGAAGGCAGAGAGAGAAGGUCAUGUUGAGUCAGAGGCAUAGAUUGGAUUUUGCAACCACAAGCCAAGAAAUACUUAGAGCCCCCAGAACCUGGAAGAGUCAAGGAAGGAUUCCCCUCUAGAGCCUUCAGAGGGGAAUGCAGGCAGCCCUGCUGACACCUUAAUUUUGAACUUCUGGCCUCUAGGGCCAUGAGGAAAUAAAUUUCUACUCUUUUAAGCUACCCAGUCUUGGCAAUUUGUUACAGUGGCCUGAGGAGGCAGGUGCAGGUACCAAGAUCACAAGCCAGCGGCUCUCAGGGCCAGGUGGGUGAGACCCAUGGGUGCACACACGGGAGGGCCGACCCCAGCGGGCAGCUCCCCCCUCUUCCAGUCCACAGGGGACAGACAGAGGGUGGGCCCAGUGACACUACAUCUUCUGAUUUUUUCCAGAGAAACUGAACAUCGGAGCUUGUACAUAAAAUCUCCUGAUUUUCAAAUGUU